AUGGGUUGUUGCGAGGCCACAGAAGUAAAAAUUACUUAUUCCAUAUUGGGUUAAUUAAUGCAAACAAGCACAAUGCAAUGCUUAUUUUAUAUAAAAAUUAUAAAAUUUUAUUGAAAAUAGUUAUACAUCUCAAAUCUAUAGAAAAUAGAAAGAGAGAGGUGACAGAGAAAGUGAAUUUAGCAUAAUCGAUCGCCUAAAUGUAAUGAAAAAACCUUUAAAUUUCCAAGAGCAAUUGCCAGCGAAAAUUACAGUCGACAAUUGAUCUCAAACUGAAAUUGAAGAAAUGAAAGACCCAAUAACUAAAUUGCAUCAAAGUAUAGACACCAAAGCUUCUAUAAUUGACAACUCCUCCGUACUAGAAUCAAAUUCAACAGCCAGAACCCAGCCAAAAACUGAAUCAGCACCUCCAGUAGAGGAUUUAAGAGACCCGAUCCAAUCAAAUGCCAAUAAUGAAAAUAAAAUUGAAAUAAAUAUGCACGUCGAAGCUGCACAGGACGUAAAAAUCCUUGAAGAAGCUAAUAUUUCAAACUUAUCAGGAAGCUUUGUCAAAGGCAUUUAUGGGCUUGGAGAUAAAUUCGCUGGAGUCUUCGCAAGAAUCAGUGAUGAAUAUAAAUAUCAAGCCCAGCAAUCAAUAAAAGAAGAAAAAUGGAGGCUCUUACAAGAAAACUUUAUAAUGGACGAGUAUGCAAAGAUUGAAGUUAAGGCUAGAAAAGAUUAAGAUAUUAUACGGCCAUAACCUGACCUACUAUACUAUUGACCAAGAAUAGCCCACUAAGGAGCCAUUCUUGGUCUGCCAGAAAAAAAUUUUGACAAAAGAUCCUAAUCUGCCAUUACCACUGAGUUUUGGUGUUUCCAAAUUUUUUGGGCAAGCCAAAUGCAAUAAAAAAAAUUGUUCUUUUGCGAUGAUUCAUUUGGCUUGUCAAAAAAAUUUGGCAACAUCAAAACUCAGUGGUAAUGGCAGAAAAGAUCCUAAUCUGCCAUUACCACUGAGUUUUGGUGUUUCCAAAUUUUUUUUGACAAGCCAAAUGCAUCAUCGCAAAAGAACAAUUUUUUUUUAUUGCAUUUGGCUUGCCCAAAAAAUUUUGGAAACACCAAAACUCAGUGGUAAUGGCAGAUUAGGAUCUUUUUGUCAAAAUUUUUUCUGGCAGACCAAGAAUGGCUCCAUAGUGGGCUAUUCUUGGUCAAUUAGUAUAGCUGGACAACUUACUCCAGGAAAGGUGGCUUAGGCUGGGUACUUAUACAUAAGAGUUAAAUGAUGUAAGGCCGAACCAAAAUUUCACUAUCUUGAAUUUUCUGGCAAGACUCACCUAAGGAUAAGUUUCUUACUCCUCCCCCCCCUCGAAGUUCGACCAAGAUUUUUUUGGUCGAACUUCGAGGGGGGUUUAAGAAAAAUUUUUUUUAAAAGGGUGUGUGGGAUUUUUUUUAUAAUUUAGUAGUUAAAAAAAAAAAAUUUAUCAUAUUCUUCUGUAUGGUUGAGAGGGUGUAAGGGUUAGAAAAAAUAGUGCAAGAUGGUUUUGUAACGCUUUUUUAGAACUUGAAUACAAAAAUCGCAAGCUCACCCCCACAUAGUUUAAAAUUUUUGAAAAAUUGCUUAUUUUCCUAGUAAAUUUAUAUAGGUCUUGGUCGAACUUUGAGGGGGGUUAAUUUUCCAAAAAAAUAGGAAUUUUCCCUAUAUCUUUGUCGAACUUUGAGGGGGGGAGUUAGGUUAGAAGAGCGGUUAGAGCCACACUUUGUAAGAGGCCCCAAUAGUCCCGAUAGAUGAAGACUACUGGAGAGGCAAAGCCUAUAGGAGUUUUCCCUAUAUGGCCCGAUAAGGGCCAUAUAGGUUAAACCCCUAUAUCUAUCUCAUCUGAUAUGGACAGGAAAAUUUUCUCUGAAGAAACACUUCGACAAGGCUUCCCCAAAGCUGAAGGCUUACUUAAAAGGUACAGAGACCCUAUCUCAGUUUUAUCAGGAUCGGCCCGACUUGUUCCAUAGGGAGUGGGCCUUGAGUCCAAUUUCCGUCAAAGUCGCCAUUUUAUUUCUCAAGGCCAGAAAAGGAAUGCCUUCUGCAAAAAUUUUCCAAUUUUUCGAAGAAAUGAUGGACAGCAAAUAUAAGACUGAUUUAAAAGACCUAAGAGACAGGAGAAAACCAAGGACAAUGACAGAAUUUUUAAUGGAAUUUUUAAAUAGAAAAUUCGGAAUUGAAAAACUAGCAAUGAAAAAUCUUGGAAGAAUUCUCCCUACACUUAAAGCACUUGUAAGUGAAAAUCAUCCUUAUGCUUGCCUUUUUGCAAGAUUAUUGCAAAUUUUCCACCCAGACCCAAUUCCUUAUAAUCUUGCCUUAUAUCUAGUUAAAGCAAGAUAUGAAUUCCAGCCUCUUAUAGAAAAAGCUGAUAAGCAUAAAGAAGUCAUAGAAGGUAAAAAAACUCAAGUUCAGAUAAAAGCUGAAAAGAAAACUCAUCAUGAUAGUAAAUUGGGCCUUUAGAAAUAAAAAGGGCCAAAAAACAGAAAAAAAGAAGCAAGAUGAAGCUGAUAGCAAUAUAAUUUUCAUAUAAUAAUUAACUUAGACUUAAAUGAUGCUAAAUUUGAGCAGGCUGCCACUGGUGGAGAAGCUUUGAUCAUUGAUGUUCUUGACCACAUACAAAGCCUAUUCGAAAACGACCCUGAAUCCGGAACUAUUGUCCUUGAAAAAAUUUUUCCCGAAAAAGUGAAUUUAAAUGAUAUCAUUGCUUUCAUCAUCACAAAUAAAAUGAAGAAAAAAGGAAAAAGACCGGAAGAUAUAUUUAAUAAACUUGACAAAGAUAAAGGCGGAAGCAUCGAUGGUGAAGAGUUUAUUAAAGGGGCAAAGAAUGAGCUGGAUUUAUGAAUUUCAAAUGAAAACAUUAUUAAAUUUUUCCAAGAAGUAGACACUUCUGGAAAUGGAGAAAUUGAGCUUGAUGAAUUUCAAGCAAUUAUUAAUUUCGAAAAAUACGAAAGAGCAGCCAAAAACUUGGACUAUGUAGUAAAGAAAGAAAAAUUUUUAAACGCAUUGGUGGAUGUCUACGAGUUUAGGCAAAUAAGGGAUGGCGCUUAUUUAAGGCAAACUUUGAUAGAGCAUAAUAUAGAGCAAUUAAAUAUUAUCGAUUUUGCAAAAGCAGUUAACGGAAUUGAUCCAGAGCUGCAAUCAGCAAAAGUUAUGGAACUUUAUAACGAAUGCUUAAAGCUUUCUCAAAAUCCUGAUGUUGGGGUUGAGAAAGAAAUUUUCGUUAAAAUUAUGCUGAAAUAUGGAGUUGGGCAACUUGGAUUAGGGACUUUUGCGAUUAAAGAGCUACUUGGUACUUUAGAAGAAAGAAAAUUCGUAGUUGAUAUCUCUUUAAACGAAGACAAAGCUUCUCCUACUAAAUCCAGAAGUAAUGCCAAAAAGAGAUCAAGGGCGAUGACGAGGCCAGAAAAAGCUGAAGAAAAAUCGUCAGAUAUUGUGAAAACUGAAGAGUCUAGAUAG